AUGCAGUUUCGUGAGACCGCCGCGCCAGAUCUGCGCAGUGCAGGCGACCCGGGUCUGCAUUAUGCCUCGUUCCUAUGGUGUCGUCCCUAUCUGAUGCUAGCACCGGACAGCUGCUUCGUUCUCGAUGAUGGUAACGGUCAUGCAGUAGGAUACCUGCUCGGCGUUCCGGACACCGUCUCGUUUGUGCAAAAGUAUAAGGACACAUAUACUCCGUAUCUGCAGUCACAGGGGUUUGAACAGCCGGGGCCUGACGAGCAGACCGGCUGGAAUGAAAAUCUACCAAACGCACUCAGACAAAUCAUGUUCAGUCCACACUCGAUGCUACAUACAGAAUAUCCUCGACUGAUGGAGCAAUGGCCAGCGCAUAUACACAUCGAUAUAUUAACCCCAUAUCAAAAGCAAGGCUGGGGCCGGCGCUUGAUUGAGCAGUUUUGCGGUGUGGCUAAGGAGCGAGGUGCAAGAGGUGUCCAUCUGCUCAUGGCAGCAGCGAACGACGACGCAGGAAGAUUUUAUCCUCGCGUAGGAUUUUCUCGUUUCCCCUAUGUGAUUGACAACGGGGUCAGUGCUGAGAAAGGCAGAGAUUCCGGCACCAUCUGGUUCGUGAAGUCGUUGUAA